AGCUGCGAAACACCUAAUCAUAAAAUAAAUAUUUUUGUGUAUGUCCAAUAAUAAUCAUCACUCUGUUUCUCCGACAGAUCAACCCGAAUCUCUCCAGCUCCGAAUACACACAUAUACAUACACAUAGAUACGCAGGAGAGCAGCGGGGAGUAGAGUAUGUUCAAGUUUUUACAAAGCGUUGUAGCCGGAUCCGGGUCGGGUCUCAAAGAUCUGCCCUACAAUAUCGGGGAGCCUUAUUCUUCAGCUUGGGGCUCGUGGAUUCACUCCCGUGGCACCUCUAGGGAUGAUGGAUCUCCAGUGUCAAUAUUUUCUCUAUCAGGGAGUAGUACUAAUGAUAGACAUUUAGCUGCUGGCCGUAAUGGCGUCAAGCGUCUUCGAACGGUUAGACAUCCAAAUAUUCUAUCUUUUCUUCACAGUACUGAGGUCGAAACUUCUGAUGGCUCUUCUACAAAGAUUACUAUAUAUAUUGUCACGGAACCUGUCAUGCCUUUAUCAGAAAAGAUUAAAGAAUUAAAAUUAGAAGGUACACAAAGGAAUGAGUAUUAUGCAUGGGGCCUGCACCGGAUAGCCAAGGCCGUCAGCUUUCUUAACAAUGACUGUAAACUUGUUCAUGCAAAUGUUUGUUUGGAAAGUGUUGUUGUUACUCAGUCUCUGGACUGGAAGCUACAUGCUUUCGAUGUUCUAUCAGAGUUUGAUGGGAAUAAUCAAGGAGCUUCCACAGGGCCCAUGCUGCAAUAUGAAUGGCUUGUUGGUACACAAUACAAACCGAUGGAGUUGGUGAAGUCUGACUGGACAACGAUUAGAAAAUCUCCACCUUGGGCUAUUGAUUCCUGGGGUUUGGGCUGUCUUAUUCAUGAACUUUUCUAUGGUACCAAACUGGGCAAAACAGAGGAGCUGCGUGAUACUUCUUCUAUACCAAAGUCAUUACUUCCAGAUUAUCAGCGGCUCUUGAGUUCAACUCCUUCUCGCAGGUUGAACUCGUCGAAGCUUCUAGAAACUUGCGAAUAUUUCCAAAAUAAAUUGGUGGACACCAUUCACUUCAUGGAAAUUCUCAAUCUGAAGGAUAGUGUAGAAAAAGAUACUUUCUUUCGUAAGCUGCCUACUCUAGCUGAGCAGCUUCCUCGACAGAUUGUGCUAAAAAAGCUACUUCCUUUACUAGCUUCAGCCUUAGAAUUUGGAUCAGCUGCAGCACCUGCUUUGACUGCGUUGCUGAAGAUGGGUGCUUGGCUUUCAGCUGAAGAAUUUAAUAUCAAGGUUUUACCAACACUUGUCAAACUUUUUGGUUCUAAUGACCGAGCUAUUCGAGUUAGUCUUCUGCAGCAUAUUGAUCAAUUUGGAGAUUCAUUGUCAUCACAAAUUGCUGAUGAGCAAAUUUAUCCUCAUGUUGCUACUGGGUUUUCUGACACAUCUGCUUUUCUGAGGGAAUUAACACUCAAAUCAAUGCUUGUUCUUGCCCCCAAGCUGUCCCAACGGACUCUAUCAGGAUCACUGUUGAAGUUUCUUUCAAAGCUACAGGUUGAUGAAGAACCAGCUAUUAGAACAAACACCACCAUACUGCUAGGAAAUAUUGCCAGCCAUCUUAAUGAUGGGACACGGAGAAGAGUUCUCAUAAAUGCAUUUACAGUCCGUGCUUUGCGUGAUACCUUCUCUCCCGCAAGAGGCGCAGGGGUUAUGGCUCUAUGCGCAACCAGUUCUUAUUAUGAUUCAACUGAGAUUGCAACUCGCAUCUUGCCAAAUGUUGUGGUACUUACUAUAGAUCCUGACAGUGAUGUUCGAUCAAAGGCCUUCCAAGCGGUUGACCAAUUUCUGCAAAUCCUGAAGCAAAAUCACGAGAAGACCAGUGGUGGAGAGUCAGCUGGGGACUCGAGUACGGGGAUGGCAUCAGCACCAGGAAAUGCUAGUUUACUUGGGUGGGCCAUGAGUUCCUUGACCCUUAAAGGCAAACCUUCUGAACAAACUUCACAUGCGCCGUUGAAUUCCAGUGGACCUAUUGCUACCGGUCCAUCCAAUGCCAGCUCAGUGAUGGAUACUGUCAGCACGCCAACAAUCAAUUUGAUUUCAGAAGCCUAUAUGACAGAUCAGCCUGCACCUGAGUCCCCAACAUCUACUGAUGGCUGGGGUGAAAUAGAGAAUGGAAUUCCCGAUGAUAAUGGGAGUGAAAAAGACGGUUGGGAUGAUAUUGAACCACUUGAGGAUCCAAAACCAUCUGCAGUUCUUGCCACUAUUCAAGCAGCUCAAAAGCGGCCUGUCACGCAGCCAAAACAAGUUCCGAGUUCUAAACCUAAAAUUACACCCAAUGUUCCCAAACACGAGGAUGACGACUUGUGGGGUUCUAUAGCUGCCCCUGCUCCAAAAUCCGUUAAACCGUCAACAUCAAAAACAAGUUUGGCAUCGGAUGAUGAUGACCCAUGGGCUGCUAUUGCAGCUCCUCCACCUACCACGAGGGCUAAGCCUUUAGCAUCUGGGCGAGGACGGGGAUCUAAACCCGUUGUAUCAAAAUUGGGUGCCCAAAGAAUAAACCGGACUUCGUCAUCUGGAGUUUAAGCUGCCCAGGUUUUGUCAAAUUAAGUAAAGGAUUAAAGAAAUCUGUAAAUUUUGUCUUUAUGGUGAUUUAGAAGUUCAUACAAGAAAAGAAAUGAACUUUACAUGUCUCCUUGAGUUGUAAAAUUAUUGUUUUUAGUUAUGGUGUGAAUUAUAUCAUUCUUUUUGUCCACCAGCUCUUAGGAGUCUGAGGGAUCACCCGUAAAUACUUUGCAAUUUGUAUAGUAGGCUGACGAAUGAUCUUUACCUCAAACAUUGAUUUGUCCUCCCUCUAUAAGUUUGAAUUCGCUUAGAAAACACAUGUCAAUUAUAUUUGAGAGUUUCUUUUACAAA